UAUACCACUCUUUUGCUUCCCCUAUACAUAUUUGCUUCCUCGUCCUCCAUUCUUCUUCAAGUUCAAACUUCAAACUCUUUCUCAAUUGAAUCAGAAGCCGAAGCAAUCAAGAUUCAAGGCCCAAGAAACGCUUUUGAGCAUUAACAGAGUUUGAAGCUUGAGAAUGUCAUCCUCCUUGGGAGCGUUCUCUUCCCCUAUUGGCUGCAAAGCCACCAACAGUCACUCGCCUGAGGCUGCCCACAUUCGCCGGGCUGCAGAAAUUGCCGACAAAUCGGCUGGUUUCACAUCUCCACACCCUAAUUUUGGUUGCGUGAUAGCAGUGGGAAAAAAUGUGGUGGGGGAAGGAUAUCUCUAUGCGCAGGGGACCAAGUGUGCAGAGUUGCAGGCUGUGGAGGCAGCUGGAGAGCUGUGUAAGGGCGCCACUGCUUAUCUCAAUAUGGAGCCCGGGGAUUGCUAUGCUGACCAGACUUCUGUUUCUUCUCUAAUUAAGGCAGGAAUUUCAAGAGUUGUUGUUGGGAUCAGACAUCCUUUACGACAUCUUCGUGGAAAUGCAAUACGUGCAUUAAGAAGUGAAGGCGUGCAGGUUGAUGUUCUCGGAGAGGAUCUGCAAAGUGAAGCAACUGAGGUGGAAGCUUUGAAAGCAUGCCUCUUCGUUAAUGCUCCUUUAAUGUAUAGAGCUGCUUCACGAGUCCCAUUCUCUGUUCUCAAGUAUGCUAUGACCCUAGAUGGAAAAAUUGCAACCAGUAGUGGGCAUGCAUCAUGGAUUAGCAGCAAACAGUCAAGGCAUCGAGUAUUUGAAUUGCGGGGUAGAAGUGAUGCCAUUAUUGUAGGAGGAAACACCGUACGCCAGGAUAAUCCACGGCUUACUGCAAGACAUGGAGGUGGGCAUUUGCCUGUUCGGAUUGUUAUGUCACAGACUCUUAAUCUUCCUGAGGAAGCAAACCUGUGGGACAUAUCUGAAGUACGAACUAUAGUAGCAACACAAAGGGGUGCGAGGAAGAGUUUUCAGAAAUUACUUGCAUCCAAAGGCGUUGAAGUAGUGGAAUUUGACAUUGUAAACCCUAGAGAUCUCAUGGAAUACUGUUACGACCGUGGGUAUCUUUCAAUUUUGUGGGAGUGUGGUGGAGCAUUAUCUGCGCCUGCAAUUUCGUCUGGAGUUAUACACAAGGUUUAUGCAUUUGUUGCUCCUAAAAUCAUUGGAGGAAUGAAAGCCCCUUCUCCAAUUGGUGAACUUGGGAUGGUUGAGAUGACUCAGGCCCUCAAUUUGAUAGAUUUUUCUUAUGAGCAGAUUGGACCCGACAUGCUUAUUAGUGGAUUUCUUCAGCCCAUUCCAGAGUUGACACCUAUAAUCCCAUCUGUGGGUGAAAUUUCAUCCAUAGAUCUAACUGUUACUCCUUAUGAGGCAAACAUCAUAUUCUUUUAUAAAACAUGGGAUCCUUAUGGAGCUUUUUCUAACUUCUCUCCUCAUCCUUUGCGGUUGCCUGAUGAAAAUGGAAAUUAUCAAACAUGGCCAAGUGUGGAGCACUAUUAUCAGGCCCACAAGUUUGUUGGGGUAAAUGAUCUUGUUUCAAGAGAAUUUGUUGAGCAAAUAAAAGCUGCAAAGAGCCCAGAGGAAGCUGCACGCAUAGGAAGGACAAUACAGCGACAACAUCCUGAUCUGGUGAGAUCUGAUUGGGAAAAACAAAAAAUUAAUGUAAUGUACAGGGCCCUGAAAUGCAAGUUUUCCAUCUAUCCUCACUUGAAUGCUUUGCUGCUAUCAACUGUGGGUUCAGUUCUUGUUGAAGCUUCACCACAUGAUCUCUUCUGGGGUGGGGGCCGGGAAGGAGAAGGUCUAAAUUAUUUAGGCAGGCUGCUGAUGCAGUUGAGGUCAGAGUAUUUGGGAGAGUCCUCUCCUCAAUGUCAAGUGAGAGCUCUUGUUUAGAUCUUCAAGUGAAAGGGGGAGAGAGAGAGAGAGAAAGGCAGAACAAUAAGUAUAUAUUUCUGUAUUCUUUAUUGUAGCAUUACUGGUUGCAAGAAUUGUG